CCAUAACCACUCCUGUUCGUCGUGCACCCACGCGGGCGAACAGUGAAAGGCAUCGUCUCGACGUCUCGUGACCGCUGGACUCGCCGCCGCCCCAGGCUAGCUCGAUGAUUGGGUGCGCCAAGCCGCUCGCGGCGCCGCUGCAGGCAUGGGCUCGCCCGCCGUCUCCCGCCGGUCGCCGCCUCCCCCCCUCGUUCUGCGCCCCUGACACCUCCCCAGCUCUCACCCGCGCCGUCGAGAGCCCAGGCCAGUCUCAGUCUGACGACGCCCCGCCACCACGCUCGGGUGAGGCCGCCUCGUCCCUGGCGCCGCGCGCGAGCUCGCAUCUCGACCGAUGGUCCCGGUCGCGGGCGCUGCGGUCGGGCCACCGGCCGGCGCUGAACCGCGCGGCUCUCUCCUCGGCCUCGGUCUCGGCGCCGCCGGUGAUCAAGUCGCCGCGGCCCGAGGACGCUGCCGUGGCGGUGGAGGAUGGCGAGGACGACGACGUGUGCGAGGCCGAGAGGGACGCCGCGGCCGGGAAGGCCAUCUACAUAGUGUCAGACGGGACCGGGUGGACCGCGGAGCACUCGGUGAACGCCGCGCUCGGACAGUUCGAGAACUGCCUCGCCGACCGCGGCUGCGCUGUCAACACCCACCUCUUCUCCUUGAUUGACGACAUGGAUCGACUUAUUGAGGUAAUAAAGCAAGCAGCAAAGGAAGGGGCACUGGUUCUCUACACCCUUGCCGAUCCUUCAAUGGCCGAGGCGACUAAGAAGGCCUGCGAUUUCUGGGGUGUUCCAUGCACCGAUGUUCUUCGGCCUACUGUCGAAGCCAUUGCCUCUCACAUCGGUGUUGCUCCAUCUGGAAUUCCACGAAGCUCUCCGAGUCGAAAUGGUCGGCUAUCAGAGGAUUACUUCCAACGGAUCGAUGCUAUCGAUUUCACCAUCAAACAAGACGACGGGGCUCUGCCACAGAACCUCUACCGCGCAGACAUCGUGCUUGCCGGCGUUUCGCGUACAGGGAAGACGCCACUGUCGAUAUACCUAGCUCAAAAGGGAUACAAGGUGGCAAAUGUCCCAAUCGUGAUGGGAGUGGACCUUCCAAAGUCCCUUUUUGAGAUCAACCAGGACAAGGUUUUUGGACUGACAAUAAACCCAGCGAUCCUUCAGGCGAUUAGAAAGACCAGGGCCAAGACUCUAGGUUUUGAUGGGCGUCAGAGCAAUUACGCUGAGAUGGACCAUGUGAGGCAGGAACUGGUCCAUGCGAAUCAAAUCUUUGCUCAGAAUCCAUCGUGGCCAGUCAUUGCGGUCACUGGAAAAGCUAUCGAGGAAACAGCUGCUGUCAUCUUGGGGAUCCUCCAUGACAGGAAGCAGAAGUGCUCCAUGCCACGCAUAUCAAAACGAUACUAGCGCUGUGUUCUAUCCCUUCUCUACUACACCUUGUAACGUGUGCAUGUUUUGAAUAAGCUUUGUGUCAAGCACCAUAGCCUUCAUGUAAUUUUUUUUUGUUGGACCACCUUCUAGGUGGUGGCGUUUGUAUCAUAAACAUAACUUGAAGUUUAGUGCAGCAGAAACACAUGUAUAUUGCGUUGCGUUUACGACCUUCUAUUGGCGUUAAAGCCUCACGUUAUUUGGUCAUU